CAAUAAUCCGAUUUUUUGCCUUUGUGAACUGGAAUUUUGCACGUGUUUAGAGAAUGACGAAGACGCUUCAAAACUCAAUCAAUACCAAAGAGGAGCGGAUCAUUCACUUGAAUCUUGAAAAUAAGGUCCUGAAGUCGUUGAACGAUCAGCUCAAAGAACGCAACAUCAAACUGAAGGAGGACAGUUGCACGCAGCUUCGGAUCAUAACCGAUCAGUCCCGUCUGGUGCAGGAAAUGAGCGACAUAAUCGCCACCAAGACCGUCUUCCAGCACGGAUCGAGCGGGCAAAUUUCCAAAUUCAAACGCGAGCGCUCGAAACUUCUCUCGGAAAUUGAGCAGCUCAAGGUGCAGGCCGCUUCCGCCAAGAGCCGCAUCCGGCCCAGAAGCAUGCCGGCGCCGCCACUUCCAAUGGCGCUCCAGUUCAGCCGGCAGCGACUCUGUCUGGAAGUGUUUCCCACCCACCGUCUAACCCAAGAGGAAUGCUCGUGGACGGGAUCGACGGCUCGAAGACACACUUCCAGUCCGAUCAAGCCGAAAGCCGUUGUCGUUGGGUCGGGGCAGAAAAAGUCCGGCUCGGAAACGCAGAUUGCGCUGAUCCGGCAGCAGGAGACGAGUUCCGGUGGCAGUAAAAGGGACGCGAAAGAAUGGCCCCUUUCGGGCAGAGCCAGCAAGAGUCAGUACUUUGACAAAAUUAAGGGGUUCUUUGCCGACAUCAAGAAAAUUAAAUGAAGCAUUUUUUUGAAAAUUCAAAGUUUUAAUUACAUGAAAUGUUGCAAGAAAAAUGUUUAUUAAAAAUGCAAAACCCGUUUCAAGCUUAUUCUUUACAUUUUACCUAAAGAAAUACAUAUUUUAAGGGCAUCUCCACCGAGGUUCAAUUUGGAAGCGUUCCAACACUACGCUAGGCAAAACCACAGAGAACAGAUCUCGAGUGAGUUUUCAAAAAGCCGUAAGAGCCACUGUGACCUCUUACACUAAUUUUCGUUUUUCUCGAAAAUGAGACAAAAUUCCAUUUAUUUUUAGUUUGGGGCACUUGAAGGACGUGUAGAUGAGCAAUCUCAAGCGUUUUUGAUAUUAAUUUUUCAUAAGUAGGUUGAAUACCGAUGUAAAAAGGACUUUGUUUACCAAUGGCUCUUACGGCUUUUUGAAAACUAAUCCGAGAGA